CGUGAAACACACGGCACCAAGAGUAGAAGUUGCAUACCUGUCAUCAUGCCUGUUGUAGAAUGUCAUAGAAUUUAGGAAAGAAGUUCCCAGCAGCUCUGUGCCAGGCUGAAGGUGGCCCAGUCUGAGGGCUAAUCUGUCAAAUAUUUAAUAAUCAUUUGCUCAGAAAAUUUCCCACGUUGUUCAUGGAGUUUUUCAUCAGUAUGUCUGAAACCAUUAAAUAUAAUGACGACGAUCACAAAACUGUGUUCCUGAAAACAUUGAAUGAACAACGUUUGGAAGGAGAAUUUUGUGACAUAGCUAUUGUGGUUGAAGAUGUUAAGUUCAGAGCCCAUAGGUGUGUGCUUGCUGCCUGCAGUACCUACUUCAAAAAGCUUUUCAAAAAACUGGAAGUUGAUAGUUCAUCAGUAAUAGAAAUAGAUUUUCUUCGUUCUGAUAUUUUUGAGGAAGUUCUCAAUUACAUGUAUACUGCAAAGAUAUCUGUUAAGAAAGAGGAUGUAAAUUUGAUGAUGUCUUCAGGCCAGAUCCUCGGUAUUCGAUUUCUCGAUAAACUCUGCUCUCAAAAACGUGAUGUUUCUAGUCCUGAAGACAACACACAGUCCAAGAGCAAGUACUGUCUAAAAAUAAACCGUCCUAUGGGAGAACCCAAUGAUACACAAGAUGAUGAGGUGGAAGAAAUUGGAGAUCAUGAUGAUAGUCCAUCAGAUGUGACAGUGGAAGGAACUCCUCCAAGUCAGGAAGAUGGAAAGUCACCAACAACUACCCUGAGAGUGCAAGAGGCAAUUCUGAAAGAGCUGGGAAGUGAAGAAGUUCGAAAAGUAAACUGCUAUGGCCAAGAAGUAGAGCCUAUGGAAACGACUGAAUCUAAAGACUUAGGAUCUCAGACCCCUCAGGCUUUGACAUUUAACGAUGGCAUAAGUGAAGUGAAAGAUGAACAGACACCUGGCUGGACCACGGCAGCCGGGGAUAUGAAGUUUGAGUACUUACUUUAUGGUCACAGGGAACAUAUUGUAUGUCAGGCUUGUGGCAAGACCUUUUCUGACGAAGCGCGAUUGAGAAAACAUGAAAAGUUACACACUGCUGAUAGGCCGUUUGUUUGUGAAAUGUGUACAAAGGGCUUUACCACGCAAGCUCAUUUGAAAGAGCACUUGAAAAUACACACAGGCUACAAGCCUUACAGUUGCGAGGUGUGUGGAAAGUCUUUUAUUCGCGCACCAGAUCUGAAAAAGCAUGAAAGAGUUCACAGUAAUGAGAGGCCAUUUGCAUGCCAUAUGUGUGAUAAGGCUUUCAAGCACAAGUCCCAUCUCAAGGACCAUGAAAGAAGACACCGAGGAGAGAAACCUUUUGUCUGCAGUUCCUGCACUAAAGCAUUUGCUAAGGCAUCUGACCUAAAAAGGCAUGAGAACAAUAUGCACAGUGAAAGAAAACAAGUUACUACAGCCAAUUCCAUCCAGAGUGAAACAGAACAGUUACAGGCAGCAGCCAUGGCUGCGGAAGCAGAGCAGCAAUUAGAAACUAUAGCUUGUAGUUAAAAACUAAA